AGCACGCACGCACCGCGCUGAAGCUAUCCGCUGGAAAAAACGUCAUCCCCUCCGUCCACUGGAGGAGAAAAAAAAAAGUAGCCAAAGGCGGCCAGGUCCCUCGCCAAUUCGCAUUCCUGCUCACCCGCUCGCCUUCGAGCCCCCCGUUCCGAACCGGCUGCGCCUAUAUCUCGACCGCAACCGCGGCCUCGUCCUCGUCCUCGUCCUCCUCCACAGCUACGAUGGCGCCGCUGCGACCCCUCCGAGCCCUCUCCUUCCUCGCCUUCCCCCGGCGCCUCGCCUCGUCCUGGGGCCUAGCGAGCCUCGCCCGCGGCCACGGCGCCGCCCUGGCCCGUCCGCCGCCGCUGGCCCCGCGGUGUCGCUGCGCGCCCCCCGGCGCGGGGAGGCCGUUCGGGCUCGCAGCCACCACGCCGCGGCCCAAGGGCGCCAAGAACUCCAACUUCCCCCCGCGGCCCAAGCCGCCGCCCGAGGACGAGAUCGAGGAGUCGUUCCUCAAGGGCAGCGGCCCCGGAGGCCAGAAGAUCAACAAGACAAACUCGGCCGUCCAGCUGAAGCACCUGCCCACCGGCCUCGUGGUCAAGUGCCAGGCCACCCGCUCGCGCAGCCAGAACCGCACCAUCGCCCGCGAGCUCCUCGCCGACCGCCUCGACCGCCUCGACCGCGGCGACGAGAGCCGCGCCGCCGUCGUCGGCGAGGUCCACCGCCGCCGCAAGGCUAGCUCCGCCAAGAAGAGCCGCCGCAAGUACCGCAAGCUCGACCAGGAGCAGGACCAGCAGGACCAGCAGCAGCAUCCCGCGCCACUCGAUACCACCGCCGUACCCUCCUACGGCUGGCCGAAGGGAAGGCGGGAGAUUGAAGAGGAACUCUUCGGAUACAAUGGCGAACCGGAAUACUACGGAUUCAGCGACCCCGACGACGACUACGACGACGACGACGACGAACCAAGGCCAGAAGAGCACGAGCACGGGAAUGAGAAAGAAGCCGACAUCGAGGAAGGAGAUGAACACAACGAGGCCCCCCACGGUAAAAAGUGACGAGCGUUUUAUCAAACAUAUGGAGAUCUAGUGUGGUGGAUAACAUACUCGUUCGCCUAGGGUGAUUCGAACAACUUUUGCAAGAUUAGUUACUCUACCGAAUCCACGCGUAAUGCCCCCGGUUUCUAUAGGUAGCCGAUGCACAAAAUUCACGCCAAACGCAUUUAGGUGACGAAGAAACAAGAUAGUAUACGAUCAAACUCGGCUGGAUUUGUCUACUCCAUCCCGUGCAUGAAUAGCCUCCUAAAGGUAAAGCACUUCAUAUUCUCUUCUCUCGGAGUAAUACAGCCCCAAUCUUUCGACCAUUAUCAGAACCUUUAGUAGAUACGAGUCUCGACUAGGAUACAUGCGCACUCCACUCGGGACUAUCGUAAG